ACAAAUCAAUCUCCCUCCAACCCCGUUUCACUUUAACUCAUAGAAACUCCUUCAUCUUCCACACACUUCUCCCACACUUUCCUUCACAUCUACUCCUAUACAUACAACCUCUACACACAAAACACUCCUCUAUAUUCUCCCCAAAUGAACCCCACCAAUCCGACCCGACCCGUUACCGGCUACCCCGCCCACCCUAACCCUAACCCUAACCCUAACGGCUAUUCCUCCGGUACCGCCUACCCCUACGCCGCCCCGCCACCGUCCAACGCCGCCUACUACACUCACAACCCCUACUACAACCAACCCGAUCCUCAACGCGCUUUCAUCCGCCGCCUCUUCUCAAUCAUAAUCGCCUGUAUCAUCAUUUCCGGCACCGUUUUGUUGAUAAUUUGGCUAGUACUUAGGCCUCGAGUCCCUGAGUUUCGAGUCGACUCGGUGACUGUUUCUAACUUUAAUAUCUCCAGCUCUCUGGUUUCCGGCAACUGGGAAGUUGAGUUUACUGUGAGGAAUCCGAACAAGAAGAUCACGGUGAAUUAUGAUCGAAUUGAUGCCGAUGUGUUUUAUAAGUCGGAGGGGCUGGCAUCGACUACGUUGCCUCCGUUUAGUCAAGGGAAGAGGAAUGAGACCAAGGUGAAGGCCACUUUUGGUGCUGUGGGAGCGUAUGUUGAUGAUUGGGUUGUUAGGGAUAUUGGUGGUGAUAGAGGGAGAGGGAGUGUUAGGUUUAGUGUUAGGUUGUUGGCUAGAGCUAGGUUUAAGGCUGGAGCGUGGGGGACGAGGAAGCGGUAUGUUAGGGUUUUGUGUCGGGAUGUGCCCGUGGGAUUGACGUUGAGUAGUGGACGGGGAUCGAUGGUUGGUGAUGCUAGGCAAUGCAGAGUUGUUACUUGAUGAUGAGGAGGAGGAGGAUUGUUAG